CAAUAGUAUCUUCAUUUCCGGCAAACUGACCUGUAUCCUUGACGACAAGCUAACGAACCCGUCUCUACGGAAUCGUAAAUAAUGCGGUCUGAUUCCCGUUUGCAGAAUUUGGGAUAAUGCAGCGCGCAGAUUCUCUGGAUUCGCCGAAAACGACAUUAAAAUCGACCUAACUUACUACGCUUUCUCCAAAGAUGUAUAGUGUUCGACACAUUCGUAGUUAAUUAAAUAACUGAAGGAAUAAAAAAAAACAAAUGAAUAUUUAAGGAUGGAUGUCAAGAGAGAGAAGGAGCAGGAAACAGACGUUGCUAAAAUUACACCCGUGUUGCUUAAAUCAAGGACAGGAGAGUUUGAUUUGGAAUCAAUCUUGUUCCUUAAACUCCGAAAUCUGGGUAUCAUUGAUCUGGGAUGCAUAGGAGAAUGCAUGAACCUGGAGAGGCUGGACCUUUCUGGAAACAACAUUGCAAAUCUGGUACCUCUAGCAUCUCUUCGGCGACUUCUAGUACUCAACUUGUCAGCGAAUCGGAUCGCAAGUAUAGAAUCCAUUUGCACUUGUGACAGUCUACAGAGCCUAAAUUUGGCUGGAAACCUUAUUAGCAGUGUGGAAAAUCUCCACUCCCUUAAGUCAUUAAGAAAACUUGAAAAUAUUAGACUGAAGGACAAUACUUACGACUAUACCAAUCCAGUCUGUAAGAACUCCUCAUACCGAAGCAUACUGCUUGAAAUGUUUCCAAAUAUCAAAGUGCUGGAUGGUGAACGAGUGGUUGGACGGGGGAGUGAUUUGUACCAGCUCUGCAAAGACAUUGAUGACAUCAUAAAAGCUGGUAUAUAUAGAAAUGGACCCCUGCCAGAACUACCAGACUGCAAGCCCUGGGUCGAGGAUGGAUUUCCAGAAAUAAAGACCUCAAAUAGUGCAAUUAUUGAGGAAGCUUAUAAACAGUUCAGUGACAUCCUUCAUGAAUGCAGGCUGCUGAACAACCGAGCAGCUCAUGUGAUUGGUCAGACAGAGAGGGCUUUGAGCCUCAAGAGCAUGCCCAAGGAGUACACAGUUUGAAAAGGGUGGCAAACCCCCAUGCAGAGCCUCACAGGGCACUGAGGCAGAAGGCAGCUUUGAAAACAAAUCAGCGUAACGAGCUGCUGAAACACAUCCGGUCAUCAGAUUGCCUCUCCCCCUUUGCGAAGCAUUUCAAGACCUGUCUGUUCCAUGAAUUCCUCUACUAGCCUGUUGCAGUUCUGGUAGCUGCUGCUCCAGUACUGCUUACCUGGACAUUCAUUGGAAGCUCAGCCUCAAAUGUGUCUGAUAAAUAUGUAAUUUUUGAAAAUGUCACUAUGUUUAACAUGGUAAUUCUGCUUAAAGUUGUUACCUUAUCCUUGUGGCUUGCAAUACGUUUCUCUACUGAAUUGUUGACCUGCUAUGGGGUCCAGUGGACUUGAAGCUACACAGUUUGAUAUUAAUUCAUUGUUAGGCAUGUAAAGGUAUUUGUUUUACACACAAAGUCUAAUAAAUGCUGCUACAUGGACAGAACAUUUAGUUGAACUAACAUAUUUAUAAUUUUUCUACCUGUAUGUGGACAAAUCAGUAAAAAAUUAACAUAUACUGCUGCUAAUUAAAUACCUACCUGUAACACCCUUAAGCUAUAACCAAUACUGAACAUGGUUUUGGUUCUACUGCAUAACGCAGCAUGUUGCAAAUGUACCAUAGGGUGGUGCUAUAUCAAACAAUUAAAACUCGUUCUUGGCAAAUU